GGUUAAUCGGGUACGGCCUCGUUUACUCCACGCGCGUCUCUUGGAGGAAAGCAAAAACUAGGGAUGCAGAAGAGGGAAGCCGGCAAGUUCGGCGGCUCGUCCACAACGCCGGCCAAGCGCGGCCGCCCGUUCGGAAGCACAGCCGCAGCAGCGGCCGCUGCAGCUGCCGCAGCCGCUAACUCCGCUACGUCCGAUAUCGCAGGCGACGCUUCCUCCCCCGGGUCUCUCCUUGGCCCUACCCUCCAGAUUUCCACAUCCUUCGCCGAACAAAACAAUAAGAGAAUUGUCUUAGCACUGCAAAGUGGAUUAAAGAGUGAGCUGAGAUGGGCUUUGAAUACUCUUACACUACUUUCUUUUAAAGAAAAAGAUGAUUUCCGCAGAGAUUCAACUCCACUUGCUAAGAUACCUGGCCUAUUGGAUGCGCUCCUUCAAGUUGUUGAUGACUGGCGUGACAUUGCUCUUCCACGAGACUAUACAAAGCCCGCAAGGGUAAGGUCAUUGGGUUCCAAUACAGCAGUUACAGGUUUUGGGUAUGAGUUUGAAGGAACAAACUCUCUUGGUACCAUAUCCUACCCUGGUCAUAAAGGUUUAUCUAACAUGGAGGCUUCUAGUUUGAAGAAGCAACGGACAGCUGACUGGUGGUUGAAUGAUGAUGGUUUGUUUAACAUUGAUGAAGAAGGCCGUGCAGAAAAGCAACUGUGUGCUGUUGCUGCUUCGAAUGUCAUUAGGAACUUCUCUUUCAUGCCUGAUAAUGAACAAGUCAUGGCACAGCAUAGACACUGCAUAGAAACUAUGUUCCAGUGUAUAGAGGAUCAGAACACAGAAGAUGAGGAGCUGGUAACAAAUGCAUUAGAGACAAUUGUCAAUUUAGCACCACUUUUGGACCUUCGUAUUUUUAGCUCGUCUAAGCCUUCUUUCUGUGGAAUGACAGAGAAACGUGCAGUUCAAGCCAUCAUGGGCAUGCUUGGAUCUUCAGUUAAGGCUUGGCAUUGUGCAGCUGCUGAAUUGCUAGGAAGGCUUAUUAUAAAUCCUGAUAAUGAGCCAUUUCUUCUUCCAUCAUCUUCAGAGAUAUACAAAAGACUAGUUGAUCUUCUUAGCUUACCAGCUGUGGAUGCACAAGCAGCGGCAGUUGGGGCACUCUAUAAUCUAGCAGAAGUCAAUACAGAUUCCCGGAUGAAGCUUGCAAGUGAAAGAUGGGCGGUUGAUAGACUCUUCAAAGUAGUCAAGACUCCACAUCCAGUACCAGAUGUUUGCAGAAAAGCUGCAAUGAUACUGGAAAGCUUGGUGUGUGAACCUCAGAACCGGCACCUGCUUUUGGCACAUGAAAGUAGUUUUGCAGAGAUCCUAAUGUCAGAUGGUAGAUAUUCUGAUACCUUUGCACGGAUACUGUUUGAGUUGACGUCGAGACCAAAUAACAAAUCUUCUGCUACUCGUGCUGUCUGGGGUGCAUGAUCUUGCAAUGGUGACACCAGCUUAUAAUUUGUUUCUGCAGCGUCCAUGUGACUUGUGCUUUUCCUUAGUGACAAUUUCAUAAUUUGAGUCUGUAGCAUUCCAUGUGACUCUUUUACAGUGUUGCUCACUCUAUUUUCAUGAACAAAUGUGUAUGUAACAUUUACCAAGUGACUUGUGACUAGAAAUAUGGCCAUUUGGAUCGAUGUUGAUUUUCUUA